UUAUAUUUCAGUAGAGAGCUCGCCAUGAGAGCUGUACCGUGGCUUUAAACCAAAUCCCAAAGUAGAACUUAUAAGAUGAUUUCAACGACGAGUGUUCUAUCCUUUGUGGUAGAGGAGGUGAAGAGUGCAUUUAAGCGUCUCCAAGUUCAUAGAAGAGCCCCAUGCUCAAGAAGAGCGCACAACAGCCAAGUCAAGUAUACCCGGAGGGUUAAUGAAGCUCCACCCACCGAAAAGAAAACACGACCUGAAAACUCGUGUCAAAUGCGCGAAAACGAUUUGCAAGUGCAAAAUCGGGACACUGGGGCAGAGAGUAACAGUGGAGGCACGGAGGAUGAUGGGGAAAUUCUAGCGCAACCAUCCUGCGCUGAAUCAGUCACAGUUAAUCGAUUAAGUCCUAACAUGGUUUUUCAGGGGCAUGACGUAUUUUCUCGAAAUAUCACGGACAUUGCUGUUCGAAUACUUGAUGAAGCCAUUGUUUACCACCAAAGUGACGAGAUUGUCAGUGCGCGUAGAAGGGUAGAAGAUCUUUUCCAAAUACUGACCAAAAGUCAAGCACAUUGUUUUAAGGAUCCAACGAAGUAUGACUUGGAGGUACUAAGGCGUGGAAGAAAACACUUUCUGGAGGAGGGCGUGAGUUGUUCAAUAAAACACGGAACUUUACUCCUAGAUUCAAGUAGUCGUGGAGCACAGUUAAAACACGGAACUUUAGUCUUAGAUUCAAUUACUAGUGGAGCACAGUUUUACUCUGGAUUGCUAAACGUCUUGGCAGCAUUUGCAUUGCUUAUUUCCGAAUUUGAAAUUGCGCAAAAGACAUUUGACCUGCUGCUCCAAUUGCAUCACCAAUCCAAGACAACUGGUCGUUUACAAGACCUUGGUGCUGCCCACAACAACAUGGGGUGUGUUCAUCUCAUUAUGGGCGAUUUUCUAAAGGCAGAAGAAGCUUUUAAAACUUCCCUUGAAAAAUUUUGUCACUCGGAGAGCUCGUCAACUGAAAUAAAAGUUUUUGCUGUAAAUAACAACAUGAGCCGGUUAAAUCUGAUUUCUAAAAAGUAUUGCGAAGCCCUUGAACAACAAGAGAAAUUGGUAAAAAUCUGCCAAGCUACAGAAAGAAAGGAUGUACCAUAUCCAUUUGAAGUGGUAUUUACGGUAAUGAAUAAUCAGGCGGUGUUGCAUACCACCCUUGGGGACUUCAACAGAGCAGAAAAUGCAUUGAGGUGGUUGAUAACCUACUGCAAAGAAAUGAAUAGGAAAGACUCUGUGUAUCUGGUAACUUUCCUUCGUUUGCAUCUUUCUGAAGUUCUGCUCCUUCAUGGCAAACCAAAGGAGGCUGAUGAAGUGUUUAGCAUUGAAACUUUGAAUUCACUUGAAGAUGUUGUUGACAGGUUUGGAAACCUUUACAUGAACGUGAGAAUCGUAGCUCUUGAGAAGUUAUUAGCGGUCUACAUCUGCAAAGGAAAAAUCAAAACUGCUUUGAAGCUCUUGCAAACAUCCUUAAAAAUCCUUAAGAGUGUGUUUGGAGAAGAUCAUUUCAACUUUGCCUUCCUGUUGUACAAACAAGGCAAAAUUUUGAGUCUUGCUGGAGAAUUCCCCAGCGCCGCUGCAAAGUUCGAGAGUUCCAGUCACAUUCUGCAACAGAUCUUCGGCGUUAAAAAUCACCUCCUUCUCAAGUGCUAUCUGUAUCUUGGUGACUUGAAAUCGAUACUGGGUCAAAAAGAUGGAUCUUACGUUUACUAUCAGAGAGCCGCUGAGAGCAUAGAAGCCAUUUUCCAAGUGUCUUUUGUGGAGGAAUUGUCAAUUAAGUACAUGGAAAUUAUUGGCGGGUACAAAACCUUUCAAAGGCAGCGAGUAUCAGAGGAUGGAAUUGAAGGUUUGGUCGCCGAGUAUGGGCAUGUCUUGGCCAUACUGUUAAACCACGACAGUAACAGUCACUUGAGGAAACGCAUAGCUGAUGGAAAAGAGGUCACCGUGAAGAAAAUGACACGUCUCUGCUCAAUAUCGAGGUCGACCCUCUCUUUGAAAUGUUCAUUAGAUUUUCUUAAGAGUGGACGAAAGCUUCUCCGUUAUGGAAUGAUAAAGGAAGCUGUCAUUUUUUUCCAACAAGCAGACAUGCAUUGUGGAGUGCAUGCAAUCCAAGCUCACCCUGAUGUGAGUGUCGCACGCCUACACAACAUAUUCCUUCGGAAGAAAUUUAAACGUCAAGAGACAUUAAAACUAGACCGCAACUUGAGAGACUUUAUGAAAGCCCUUGGCAAAGUCAUACAAGAAAGAAGUUCUGAGAGCAUCGUGGAAGAAACUUCUGGAGCUACGCCAACGGUGGAGUCUGACAUUAAUCUAGACUUGAGGCCUGUGCUUAUCUCUCUUCUGCUGUUCUGCAUAGAGCGAAAAAUGAUCGAAACCACCUUUGAAGCCUAUGAUCUAUAUUGCAAACUUUUUCAAAACGAAACGGAUUCCCCAUUUUUGCUCCUCGAUGGGAUUCAGGUUUAUGCUUCAAGAACUGUAAUCACCUGUAAUGGGAAAACAGCUUUACAAGAUAUUCUCAUUUUCUCUGAAAUUGGUCUGAACGCGAGCGACGUGGAAGGCGAUGCCGCGGACACACAGCUGUUUCGCAGCCUGGCGUACAUGGAAAAUGCACCCAGAAAUGCUUUUCUGGUGGCCAGCAAAUCACCGGUCUUUUUAGAUGUCGAUGACCUUCAUUCUCUAAAGGAAAAGAUCACGCUUGCGGUACAAGAGUGCUUUCAAAGAACGUGCUUUGAAGCUGAAAACAAAAGCCACGCGAUGCAGGUCAUUUUGGAUUUAACUCCAACAGUAUCAUGUGGCCUCCAAGACAUCUUGUGUACAGACAGUCGUAUUGAUUUGUUACCUCUUUGUUUAUCAGAACUUUCAAGCAAUGACACACCCCAUAAAAAGACAAUCUUUGAGAUAGAAACAUCAAUGUGUCAGAGGAUUACUCAGGUGACGUUUAAAGAUGAGCAAACAAGCUGUUUCAUGUUUAGAAAAGUUGCACUGAACCUUCUUCAGCAGAAUGACACAGAAAGAAUCUCAUCAAUACUGGCACAGAAUCACAGCUUUUCCUUGACAGUUCUCCAUCCCGGAAAGGCAAGGCUGGUUAUGUCACGCAGGGAAAAAUUGAUCACGCAAAAGAUCCAGUUCGUUACAACAAGAACAACUAUUACCAAGUAUGAAGUGCCAUCAGUCACACUCUGUGAAACCAGUAGCACCUCGAAUCAUGGGUGGAAGGGAACUAAAAACUCUUCUCAAGUCUACAAAGGAGAAACUGCUGUUCCUUCUGAAUUCGAAGUGGAAGACAGGCAAAAACAAAGAAGAGAGAAACUUGUAGAGUGCCUCAUGACUGUCAGCCAGAUAUCACGACUGCUUUACAGCGUGGAAAGUCCAGUGACUCACGAUGACAUCUGUCUGGCGGAUCCGGAUCAAUGUCAUAAUGCUCAUGAAAGUCUGGAAGACGAGAAAUGCAUUUCCAGGGAGGAUAAAGUAAGUUUGGAGGAUCUGGGUGACGAUGACGCAAGACGUCUGGCUGCUUCCUUUCAAACUCAGGAAGACCAGGAAAACACUUCGAGUACACAUCAGCAUUUGACAGAGAGUUCAGAAGGAAAUGAAAAUAAUAAGCGUACGUUGAACGUUCCUAACAUUAACACUGUUGAGACUAGCAAAAGUAACCAUGGUGACGAAUCCAUGCCCAGAGAAGACGUUUGUGAGAUAUUGGAGGGGAAACGUCUAUUUGAAGACGAUAGAAAGUCAAGACGUUUUUUUAUGGCUGACUUGCAAAAAAGCUUGAAGGAUAAGCAACAAGGCCAACUGAACUCCAAUAAAGGUGAGUCAAUUCAAUCCAACAGAGCAGACCCAUAUGAUGUUUCAAAGUUGCAGUCAAGCCAUAUGCAAAAUGAUAGCAACUGUGGUAAUUUGGAGGUUCCGCAUGAAAAUCCAGAGGCCCAGGAACCAAGCCCAACUCCCACUUCCAGAAAUGUUAGUACUCAGGAAAAUAGCCAUAGGAUUAGUUCACUGGAGGGCAAGACGGCUAAGGAAGAUGACAAACUCAUGACAAAACAGCCUUCACCACAAAGCCCAGCCCCUAACAACGUAGGACAUCGUAACAACUUCGAGGACGUAAGUAGCCGCUUGCUUAAAACAACGCUGGAAAAAGAGACCCCCCUCGCAGCCUCCAAAAAAAGUGACGGCUCUAGCCUUUUGGAAAGAAAGCCGUACGCUGAGAACGUAGAGACAGCGAGAAAUGAUGUUCGUUCAAGCACGCAAAGCACUAUUAAAACCAACAGGCAGACCCCCUCACGUAGCCAAGAGGUACAAGACACUUUAAGAGUUGAUGAAAAAGAGGAAAGGCAGGCGAAACCCAGCAUAGAUAAUUUUAAAAGGAGAAAACAACACAUUGGGGAAGGAAGCGAACGAAAUGAGGUGGAAAUCGCAGCAUAUGGAACCAAUACACCGGAAAAUCAAGAAACUCCUCGUCCAGAUUAUGACGACAAGGCGACAUUGAAAACAUUUGGUUCAGUUGCUGGAGAAGUUUUCCCAGUUGGAUCCAUGAACAACGGUACCAGGGAAAGCCAAAAUAACGUGGUUGAUCUUUUAAAUGAGACGCAUAGUGUGGAUGGGCCAAACCUACUAGAGGAAAAUGGAAUGCAUUCUACGAAAAAAAGAGAACUAACCAUACAUUCCAAGUCAAUAGCCACCAUCUCAAUCUGCAAUAAAACUAUCCCUAGAUUCUUGUGUCAAGGGGGUGAUGUUACUGACGGCGAAAGCCACAAGGACCUUGCUGUUGAUGCAUCAGUUCUUGCCAAACAUUCUGACAAGGACAAUCUUGACUUUGUGUUCAUACCUAACCACGAGGUAGAAGAUGCUAUCGGAGUUGAUCUAGAGGGGCAAAGACAAACGAAGCCUGAUGUAAGUAAAUUUAACAUUAGAAAACAAGACCUUGAAGGCAGGGAACGAAGUGGGGCGGAAAUCACAGGAAGAAAAAACAAUACACUAGAAAAGCAAGGCACUUCUUGUUCUGAUCAUAAAGAGAUGACAACAGGGAGAACAUUUGAAGCACUCGGAAGUAAUCAGAGUAACGUGGUAGAUUUUCCAAGACAGACAGAUUUCGUUGACGGGCCCAAAUCAAAAGAAGAAAAUGGAACGCAAUCUUUAAACCAAGGCUCAAGAGUAAUAGACCCAAUAAAUUCAUACGGCCAGAUACAUGUCAAUUCACAAGCCACUAUCUCAAACCACUAUGAAACUAGCACCAGAUCGAUAUGUCAAGGGGGCGAUGUUGUUGCUGACGGCGAAAGCAAUGAAGACAAUCUUAAUAACUUUGAUACUGGAGAUGGACCAGCACUGACACAAAAUCCAAUCAAGGCAUUUAAUGCUGGCGAGAGGUUCACAGCCGACAUGAGGCACAAACGUGUAAUCUCAUGUAGCGAAAACGAGUCACAUACAGAUAGAGAUGCGCUCUGCGAACACAGAUAUCCUCUUAAAAGUAAGACUGACCUCUUUGAAUCUCACUCGUACGACGGGGGAGCAAGACCCAAACAGAGAUCAACAGAUAAUGCCAAAUGCCCCUUACCAUGGCCCAGCGUUACAAAUCCAGUUUCAGCUUACUGUGACUUCGAAUUAGAAAAUCCGGACGAAGAUCCUAUAAUUAUGACACGUCACGUCAAAGAGAGUAGCCCAUUUCCUUCGUUUCACUACGGGGGCAACUAUAAUCUUGCUUCAUUAGACGGUCCGCGGCAGGAAGAUUACGAACAGGAGUACUCUUCAUCUAAUGCUCAUGACCAAGUCUUAAAAGGCAAAGGUCAGAAUUCACCCGACAAGAAAGAGUUCAUUCCACACGAUAUAACCCAAAAAUAUAAUAUGAGUGUUCCUGUAUAUAACGCGUCAGUAACCAAAAACUUUAGUUUUAAUCAAGUAUCGCCACCUGACGGAAAUGAUAAAGAGAGCUGGCAUUUUCCAUCCUCGGAGUCCUGGGAAGAUAGGGUGCCGCGAAGUCAAUGCUUUGCCGAGAGGAAAAACGAGUCAAAUCCAACAUCGCUGCCAAAAUCUUUUGAUGCUAACCGUGAGAAACUCUUCAAUACGUGUAGAUCGGUAUGCGCUUACAACGACAUGGAUUCAAUGGCUAAUGAAUACUCCAGCAGUAUAGCUAACGAUGAAUGUGGGCAGUCGCUACCAUUCAGUGAGAAUGAGCAUCCAUCAACAGAACAUUCACUGGCCUCUAGUUUUAGAUGUCUUCAAGAGAUAAUGAACAAGACUAUUCGGCUUGUUGUCUCAAAUGCUACGGGCGCGGGGGAAACUCAACCCGCAAACCAGUCAGUCGAAAAGACAGGCGUACAAGAAGAAACGGGCAAUAUGGGUGGAGGGGAACUAGACGUAACACAACAAGUUAACGAGACGAAUACUCAAGUAGAAUCUACCCCAUCAAAUGAAACGACAAUAGAAGCCGAGCGGCAACCUAUGGCAACACCUGUACAAGAAAGUCCACGCCCGGUUUGCAGUCAUUAUCAACGCCGAUGCUUGGUUCGGUUUCCCUGCUGUGGAAAGUUCUUCCCAUGCCACCGCUGUCACAACGAGUCAGAUUGUAGUGAGGAUCAGGCGAGAGCAAUUAAUGCCACACACAUACGAUGCACUAUCUGCUAUCACGAGCAAGAGAUCGAUGAAAAUAGCCAGAGAUGUGGCGGCUGCAACGCAAUCAUGUCUGAAUAUUUCUGCUCAACAUGUCGCCAUUAUACCUCCAUGGAUAAAAAUCCCUUCCACUGCGAAAAAUGCGGUAUCUGUAGGAUCCAUCGAGACAGAUCCUUCCACUGCGAUGUUUGUAACGUAUGCCUGGACAAACGUCUUGAAGGAAAACACAAGUGCAGACCUGAUUCUGGACACGAUGAAUGUUGUAUAUGUCUUGAGGACGCCUUCAGUGGUUGUCAAAUUCUCCCAUGCUCUCACAAGGUUCACAAAGACUGUGCGAUUGCAAUGAUACAAAAUGGCGUCCGAAAGUGCCCAAUAUGCCGACAUCCGUUGUUCGGGCAACUUCAAACUAGUUCUCAAAAUUAGCUCAAACAACUGCAAAAUUUCAUUACGAUAGUAAUUUUACCCCUCACUUUUACAAAAUCAUUUUAAUCAUUAAUCAAUUUGUGACCUGCUUUUCUUACUAGCUCGUCCAAACUAAUACCAUAUAUCUCCCAGUGCUCAGAAAAUACCACCGUAUUAGCUACGAGCGAAAUUCUUUCAUAACUACAGCCGCGACCAUAUUAAUUCUCUAUGUCUUUUUUUUUUUAAAUCUAAUGGCUACUGAGCAGGACAUAACAAAUGCACCUUUCUGCACCGGCAAAACAUGACUUUAUUUUUUAACUUAGAAAUGAGUAGGUCUUGAGGAUGCGAGAAAAUUGAGAAAAAUAAGAAUAAAAACCAACAAGAAACAAAGACAAACUCAAAAGUGAAACUUAAAACACGCACACACAAAAAAAAGAAAAAGCGGACAACCAGUCAAGUAACUAAACAAAUGAAAGUGACACAACAACAUUCCAAGAGAAAGAUCGAGAAAACAUACGAACAAACGAAUGCAUAAACAAAUACAUUUACAAGAAAAGAAUACCAAAAACCAAGGCAAUAGAACAAACCCUUCACUUUGCAAAGGUUUUCCUUGGUAUAGUUAACUCAUGUAAAAAUAAAUACUAUCAGUUUUGAGUAAACGAUCGGAUCACUGAAACUGUGGAAUCUCCUACACUGAAUGCGAGAGAAGUCACCCGCCGAUACCGUAAUGGAAUGCAAUCACUCGUAAGUUCUUAUGUCUUAGCACAAAAAAAUUUUAACUGGCCAGCAUUUGUGUUUCGUUUUGAAUUCAAACCUCGGUUUGAUGAAAUAUUCCAUAUCCUCCAGGAGCCAAACGAAACUCGCACAGGACUGAACCGAUUAGCCGGACUUGUGAAUGAAAAGAGACACAGUUUUCUAUGAUUCCCGGCUAUAUACAAGCUAAUAACACAUUGUAUAGAAUAUGUGUUGGAAGUACACAGAUUGAGAACAAAUAUAACUUUCUGGAAUAACUGACCAGUGUUAAGCCUCAUAGUCUCACGAUAGGAGGCUAAGAGGAGAAAAGGGUAAUUCCAGACUGAAGCUGCAUAUGGCGAAGCAUAAAAUUUGGGUAAAUCGGGUGCUACUCGAAUCACAGGCUCGAAAACCUCGCUCAGUCAUUCAGGUCCCAUUCCUGUUUACAUUCCACAUUUCUUUUAAAAUGACCAACCAGUUAAUUACCCGCUAAUCAGGAUUUUUAUCAAUCGAAGUUCUCUUCACGGCAUUUGUUUAUCAUGAUGCUGUGAAUAGUUGAAAUGCAUAAAUUUACAUUUUAUCAAAAUUCUAUUAGAAACGAAAUAUUUAAAGAGAUAUUCAUAAAGACGAUCGAGUAGCCGACUGAGGCUACGACAUGUCGUUUUUCAUGCAUACUUUUCUUCGCUUUCUUUCUUUCUGUCUUGCGCUGAUCCUUAUUAUUUGCGGUUCAUUUCGUUGCAGGACGCAAGCUGCAGGAAUGGCUUCUGGAUCUUCGCGCGGAAAUCUGAUUUUCACUUUUGAAAUGUGAUUACCAAACGAAAAGCUUCGCAUGACAAGCUGAAGUCUACCACUUAUUUUGUCGUUAUAUAAAGUGCAUGUUUAUAAGAACCACCGACAGAGACGCAAAUAUAUCGCAGAAUUGUUGUCUCAAUGUUCUGGCCUCUGAUUGGCAAAGAAUUAGAAAUUUCACUUGCAGUGCGGUACUGCUACCGUGCAUUAAACAAAAGCGGAGUUGCGAGACAUAUCUUUGAGCUCUAUAGCAAUUUUUUUCUAUUUUGUUUGGGGGGGAAUAAUUUUUUUGAGGAAGUAGUAUAGAAAUUAGAGAAUUGUAGUCGAUUUCAAAUUUGUCUUUUCACUAGUUAACCAACACCAAUAAUAUCUGUGAGGAUGUCAAUAAAAAUCAGUCUUAAUUUCUA